CGCGGCGGAGUUCUCGCCAGUUCUCGCGUUCGGGGCGGGCAAAGUGAUCGCGAGUCGACGGGGAAAGUACGGCCGGGGGAAGGGGACACGCGACCGUCCACGGUCGGCGAGACUGGCGAGCCGGGGCGCGGAGAGAUGCCCGGCUGUUCUCGCGCGUAUCCCGCACCGAGCUCGCCGAGUCGCGCGACGGUUUUGCACGGCACGUGAACGCCUGCACGCUCGCAGUUAUGCGCUUCCAUUGUGAGAAUACAAGUGCUUUAUGGUGAUAAUAUGUCAAAGCCAAACAUAAGGAAGAUAACGGCUGACCCUACGAAAUGUAAUACAGACUCUUCACGACGGCCGAGUGUGUUUGAGAGGUUGGGCACCAAACCAGCGAUCGUCGCCGCCGCCGUCGCCGCCGCCGCCGCCGCCGCCGCUCAGAAUACAUCGGACUACUGCAGAAAUUGGGCCCUCAACGGCAGUUGUUCCUACGGAAAGGGUUGCAAAUACGCAAGCACACACACGUUGAUAAGCCCAUCCAAGCGUGCUAAGAAAGAUAAUGCGAUCGCAGGUACAUCUGGGCUCAUUGAGGAUCCUUUCAAACGACUCACAUCGAAGAUCGUGAAAAAGGCAUCGCACAGCCCGGACUUAAACAUAGAAGAGUGGAAUCAGACAGAUCUCGAGUACGAGGACGAGAAGGUGUUGGAGAGACGGCGGCAAUUGUUACAACGGGAACUGGAAUUACAAAUGAAGAAAGACAAAGAGGUACAUGGCAAGGAUAAAGUAAGGCAGAAGAAGAAAGCGAUGAGCUCCUCCUCUAGUUCGCGCACAUCCAGCACGUCUAGCAGCAGCAGCAGCUCCAGCAGCGAGGACUCGUCUUCCACGUCGACGUCGGACUCGCACAAGAAAGUCAAAAAGAUCAAGUCCAAGAGACAUCACACUAUCUCCGCCGAUUACAGCGAGGAUAAGGACAGGAAGAGAAAAUUGAAGCUCAAGAGACUAGGAACGAGAAACGACAAAGCGGUGAACAAGAAGAAACGCAAGCUCGAGAACAAUUCCACGAAGAAGGACCUUGUCACGAGAUCGGUCAAGAAGUAUGGUUCGUCAUCUGUGCCCAGGAAGCAUACCAGCGCGUUGCGCGCUAGAUCACCCGCGAUACAACAGGGACCUACGAGCGGAGUCACGUCUACGACGAGCACGACGUUGGGCUCGCAGGUUUCUGUGGCGCAUCACGCGUCGUCGUCCAACAAGAUCCGGGAAAGAAACAGGAGCGAAUCGCCGAAAGCGGUAAAGAGUGGUCGAGAAGUAGACAAGGAGGACGGCAAGCAUUACAAGAAGGUGCGCGACUUGGACGAGUGUCCGUCCAAGGACGCUGCCAAAUGCAAGUCAUUCGAUAAAAUCAAGGAGCAGCAGGAGAAAGAGAAGAGCCGCGCUAUUGACGACAAGACCAAGUCGGACGAUCGGUUGAGAUCCAAGUGCAAGGACAAGGACGUGCGUUCGCGCACGCCGCCGCCGCCGUUGUCAUCGGACCGCUCAUCCAAGUACCAGCACGUCAAAGAGAGCGCGUCGUCAAAGACGCAACGCAGCCGAACGCCAUCGAGGACGAGGCGCGAUCUUACCCCGGCGAAGAAUCCGGAGAAACAGAGCAACUCGUCGAAUCGCUUGAGGGACGCGGAGAAGAAAGAUCGCGACUCGCACAAGAGGGACAAGAGCAAAGAGCGAGAUGACGCGAGGAAAAACGAGCAGAUGUCUUCUGGCAAGACCAAGCAAACGGUAACUCUGAGUCAGGAUGAGAGCUAUCGGAGGAGCAAGGACAACUUUGACGAGAAGACUUACGGCGGCGACAAAGCGCGGCAGAAGAGCCGCGAGCGCCAGCGCGAGAAGGAUGCGAGAGACGAGCGUCCUUCGAGGUUGACUCGCGAUCAACGCCAGGAGCCACAGCGCGACAAGGACAAGGACGAGUCUCAGGAGCGUUGCCGGAACGAGAGGCAGCGCGAGCGGGAUCGGGACCGGGACCGGGAUCGAGAGAGAGAACGCGAGCGCGACAGGGAGAGGGAUAGGGAUCGCGAGCGAGAACGGGAGCGCGAUCGCGAGCGGGAGAGAGAUCGAGAGAUGCGAGAGCGGGAUCGCGAGCGGGAUCGCGAAAGAGAGAAGCCUAUCAAGUCGCGAGAGAGGGACGUGCCCGCCGCGGUGAUCUCGCCCGCGGCGUUGAGCCUGUCGGCGGACAAAAGUUCGCGUUACGGCGGUAGAAUGAAGGAGCGCUCCCUGGGCAAAGACGUGUCGUUUGAAAAGAGCGGCAGUAAUCGCGAGCGGAGCAGGAACGAGCGCGAACGGGAACGAUCCGAGACGAAGGCUCUCGCCGAGCAGCGGGAACGGAGCUCCACGCAGUCGCGUCUAGACGGGAGGUACGAGAGAGGCGGCGGCGGCGGCGGCGGCGGCGGCGGCGUCGUCGACAAGGAUGUGCCGUCGAGUCGCGGCAAGCCGGCCGUCAACUCGCCCCGGGAUCGCAUGGACCGUUUUCGGGAGACAUCCUUGGAUCGCGCGUCCUUGCACGACAAGAGCGGGCAUGUCGCGGCGUCGUCGAGCGUUCAGUCGUCAACGACGUUACCGCCCAUCGCUCCGGCAUCGUCUUCCUCGUCGGUGGCCGUGACGCCCGCUUUACCUCGCGACCAUCUGAUGGACAUGGCGGACGGCCACUACGACAGGGACCGGCACCGAAGGUUCGGCGUGAGAUACGAACGGGGUCACGCGUCGGAGCACAGCAGCAGGAAGGACCAGGCGCGAAUCGAGUCGAGUCGCGUCCCGAGCAAGAUCGACCGGAUAGUGGAUCGUCGGGACGCGAACAGUCCGCGGCGCGCCAUGGAGGCGGACAGGAAUUUCGGUAGGAACUACGGCAGGGUGUCCGAGCACUGGGACGAGCAGGAGGAGCCGGCCCCGCACGUCGAGUACCGGGAUCACGCUCACAUACACGAGGACGACAGGAGGAAGACCAUCGAGGGCAGAAGGUACGACAGUCCCUUCGAGGAGAGGCGCGUUGCUCGCGACGAGAGGUCCAGAGAGUCGAGAUACGUGAUCCAGACUACGGAACGAGCAUCCUUCGACGAUCACCGUCAUCAUCACCAUCAUCAUCGACAUCCCCUCUACCCCGGCGAUAAAAUAAGAAGUGGUGGGGCCAGUAUUAGAGAUGAAAGUGUUUCUAACGAUAAUUGGGAAGGACAUCAUCGUGAUGUAGAACAUGGCCGAGACCGUGGUUAUCAGACGGUGGAAUGGGAGGAGAGGGAAUGGCGUGCUAGAACGUUAUGGGAAGGCAGAGACAGUCUUCCCCGUUCGGAGAUACACGAUGACGAGUGGAACUCCCGAUACGACAAUUCUGUGAACGACUGGAAGUCCAACGAUGCGCGGAAAUGGGAUAAUCAGAACGUGCACGUUCGGUCGCAUUAUAGGAACGAGCGCUCGAAGGAUUUGGAGCACGGCGAAUCCACGCAACACGGUAAAAGACGAUCGUAUAAUGCGCCGGAAGCAAGAGACGAGCCAGCGAUUCAUCCGGCUGCUAAGCAGGCUGCUAUUUACGGCAGCAUGAAGGAAGAACCUAUCAACAAGAAGCUGAUGGAACUCGCUGAAGGUAGAUUGUGCACGACUACUAGAGAAAAGUCUACGGAUAGUUUUCAAAAGAAGAAUUCGCAAAAGGAUAAACCCGAAAUCAAGGAGCCCGUUGUGGUGGAACCGAAGCGUCCCAUCACCGACGAGUCCCUGCAAACUCUUCAUACUGAAAGCGAUUUGAGCGAUAUUAGCGACGAUCCCGAUGACAUAUUGAAUAUGGAAGAAGAUACCACGGAUUUGGAAAAUAAAACACGGGCAAAUAAGAAAGCACCAGACGCUACGCACCAUGAUGCACAAUCAACUGUACAGGAGCCAGUUCAGUCAUCUUCGAAGGAAUCCGCGGAAGAAACUAUUUUUAGCUCAAAAUCUAAGGACAAUGCCGAUACAGUGUCACUGAAGAAUAUGGAAGAUGACAAUAUAGAGACUAUGGACUUUGAAGAAAUUUCUGACGGCGAGCUGGAGGAGGAUAUUAAAACGAGCGGCAAAGGAUUAGGUGAUGCUUUAGGAGUCGAUUGGGAAUCUCUCGUGAAGGAAACGCAAGCAAGAAGAAUUGUCCCGUCUGACCAAGACUCCGCAGAGAAUCGAUGGCAAUGCAAAGCGAUCUUCUACAGAAUCGGUAUAUCUAAGAAAUAUGCGGGCGAAGAUUUCGUGAAAAAGUUGCUAAAGAAGUAUGAGCAGAAUGAUCAUAAAGAAUUUUUGCUGAAUGAUAUCGCGCUAAAGCACACGGCGCUCGCGCGAAAUCGGUUGCUCCAAGAUUUAGGUAACGGUGCAAUGCAUGCUGUAGAUGAUACUUUAUACAGAAAUAAUAAUACGAGUUAUGACGAAGAUGUCGACUAUGAUUGGGAAACAUUGAAGCCAAGUACUGCCUUGUACGAAGAAGCAAAAGGUUUAUUGCAGCAAGUAAUAUGAAAAAAUAAUGAGACUUGUAUAUAAAGUUAUAAAUGGCCACUGUUUUCUUUAUAUAUAUAAAGAUACUAUACAUAUAAAGUAUAUUAUACAUACAGAAUGGGAUAUGGUACAAGCAGCAGAUGGUUUUAUAAUAAUUUAAAUUAUUUCAUUAAACGGAAUAUUACGUGUGAAGGAGCACCCAAAAGUUUCCGGAAUUUGGUUUUUUAAGCAGUCGUUAAUGCCCCCUUGUAUUAAUAGCUGCUAUUGAGACGAUGAACUUGAAUACACUAGACUGUUGAAGAACUUACAAGUGUAAGUAUUAAUUUUUCAAUUUUCGAAAUUAACGUUUUUGAAAAAUGAAGCUUUGUAUAACCAAUUUUUUAUUUUACUGCCAAAAAUUACAAACAUCCUCUUGCCAAUCGCGCUACCUAUUUUGCCCCACUCUGUAUAUAUGUAUGUAUAUCCUCUUCAAUAAUCUAUUACAUAUUACAACAGAUCUCACCAUGUUGCGACUUGUAAUUAACACGUAGCUAAUUGCUAUUUGAAUGGAAUUUUCGUCUGAACAUUAGCAUUUUUAUUUUAAUGAAGAUCGUCAAUAUAUAAAUCUUCGCAUAUUUUAAAUCUUAUAUAUUACAAUAUGCUACAUAUCACAUAUACAUAUAUUAUAAAUUUUGUAUUAUAAACAAUGUAUAGUUUGUGAAUUUAAGCAUAGAACCAGAUAAUUAGAAUGAAAAUUGUAAUAUAGACGCUUUCUUUGUUAUUGCGCUCUCUUAAUAUAUUAUUAUGUACACCUCCAUUCAGAUAUCAAGUAAAGUAAUAAACGAAGGAGAAUUAUUGUCACCAGUAA